AUGUCUGCAAGCUUGAUCCCGGCCAACCCGGCUGAUCUCAUGGUCAUCCGCAAUGUCACGCCCAACGUCGUGACCUUCUCCGUGCCCUUUGCGCGAUUCGGCAGAAUCCAGAUUGGCGGCCGUGGAACGCUAGUGAGGCUCACUUCCGGCAACCUCGCCGUCUUCUCUCCCGUCGCCCUCACAGAAGAGACCAAGGCCAAGGCCGCAGAGCUGGGCGGCAACGUCGCGUACAUCGUCGCGCUUGACUUUGAGCACCACAUCUUCAUCUCUGAAUGGGCCAAGCAGUGGCCUGAAGCCAAGAUCAUCGGCCCAGAGGGCCUUCCCGAGAAGCGCGCAAAGCAGACCAAGGACCCGAAAAUCAACGACGACAAGUUUGCCGUCGUCUUCACAAAGGAGGGAAAGCGCGACAUUCGAAUCAGCCAAGAGUUUGACGCCGACUUUGACUAUGAGUACGUCGAUGGCCACGCCAACAAGGAGCUCGUCUUCAACUACAGGCCGGACAAGGUCCUGAUCGAGGCGGAUCUGAUGUUCAAUCUGCCGGCGACCGAGCAGUACAGCAAGGUGCCCGAGUCGGAGAGGCCCAGCGGGUUCCUCAACAAAAUCUUCCACAGCGUGCAGAACACCAGCGGAGAAGCCACCUGGUCCAAGCGGUUCAACUGGCAUCUCGCCAAGGAUCGCAACAGCAUGAGCGACAGCCUGAAGGUUAUUGACCAGUGGGACUUCACCACGUUGAUUCCUUGCCACGGAGAUGUCCUCGAGGGAAAUGGAAAGGACAUCUUCAGGAAGAUAUUCCAGUGGCACUUGCAGGGG